UAGCCGAAGUUGCGCGAGAAACGUUGGAAGCUUAUGGUCAAGAUGGCUCAGCUUGUUCAAAGCGAGCCUUGUGACCAAAGGUCCUAAGAACCCCCAAAAAGAGCUGAGGCUCCGGGCACGGCCGUGAUGGCGUCCCGCGGCCCCGGAGGCCCGUCGAGGACCCUGGUGUCUCUGGUCGUGGACGACCAGGUCUUCCAGGUGGAGCGGGACCUGCUCAUAAAGAACAGUCCGUUCUUCAGGAGAACAUUAGAGAAACAAGAAAACAGACACAAAAGCAAGGUGAAGCUAUCCGGGAUAUCUGCAGCAACAUUCAGUUGCCUUAUCGAAUACAUGAAGACCGGAAAACUCCACGUAACGCAAGGGAAUGCUUCCGACAUUUUCAACGCGGCUUUUCGUCUCAACAUGUCGGAUGUUGUCAAGAGAUGCAUUCAGUUGGAAACGGAAACAACCCCAAUGGGACAGCAAAUUCUGAUGUAUUCAGCGGCGCGGAGGCUUAACCUUUCACACGAAGAACGACGUGCCUACAACUUCUUGGUUUCGCACUUCAUAUCCGUCGUAGCCACCAAGGAAUUCCUGGAAAUGGACUUCGACGACCUCAUGCAGCUCAUGUCAGCGGACACGAUUGGGUGCCAUUGUGAGGGCGAGAUAUUCGAAGCUGCCAUGCGCUGGCUGAACUACGCUCCGGAAGAGCGCCAUCCCUACGCGGAAGACGUGAUGACCUCGAUACGAUUCAACGGUUUGAACCCCAGCGAGCUGCAUCAAUGCCUCGAAUACCCCGGAGUUAACGAAAUGGUUGGUGUACGAAAGCAAAUACUGCGAGCUCUCAGCACGUGGCUCGAAAACGAAAAUAAUGCGGACGGUGUGAAUGUUGGGAUCACAGCUGCGCAAAGACAGUACGCGCCGCUACAGGAACCAUCUAACAUCUCAGUGACAGCCGAGAACGAAGAUGCCUUGUCGUUCUCCAGCGGACUUCUGCCGCCUGGCGACAGAAUGAGUAUGGUGUCCGACCAGUCCGGGGCAGACACCGUGUCCAGCAUUCGAAGCGCAAGAGAAGCACGUAAGCCACGGGACACGAGCAAGUGUUUCCAGGUCCUUCCUGGGAUAGAAUUUCAACGCGCAACUAGUCUCGUACCAUCGUCGGAUAAAUCAGGAUCAGUAAUCGAGGAGGAAAUGAAGGAGAAGAGGAUCACUCAAUCUCGCACUGAAGAGGUAAAAAUCUUUCGAAGGGUUAGGCGUCCCAAGAGGCCCGGGAUGGUUCGAGACGGAAAUGUUGUGUCGAAAGAUUUUGAUGCGACGGGGACUUCCAGCGUCAGAAAUCUCGAGGGCGCAACGCAUCCUGUUCAGCUUUCUGAUUACGAAAACUAUUCCGAAGCCAGUCGAAGUAGCAACAAAGUAGGCAAUGUCACUGUGGAAUGCACGGCUUUAGUCAAAGAGAAAGCAGAGGGCAGCCCGCCGGUUGUCCUAGCCGCCAGCUAUGCAUCAUCACAGUAUUCAUUCGGCGAAGUCGCUAGUGCUGAUCACGUAGAGGCCAUUUCACGCGGUUCCGACACAUCGUCCGCUGCCGCACCUUCCACUAGGCCUUCUACGGUGUCCGUUGGAGAGGUGGGUGCCCUGUCGGAUCGCGCAGAAUCCUCAGCCUCGGAACCACAGAAAGCCUUAAGCAUAUCUUCAGUAUCGAUAUAUAGUCUUCCUAUUGAACCGGAAUCUCGCACAGAGACUAUCUGGGUUCCGUCGCUCAGCGUUCCUCCGUUACCGGAAACGGACACGUCACAGAUGGACAGCAAAGCACAGCCUGCUGGACAAGAGAAAUCGCUGUCAAUUGCGUUGUCUGAGGAGAGUUCAGAUGUGUCCGACUACAAGACUGUGGUGUCCGACAAUAAGUCAUUCUUCGACUCGAAGUUGACUAUGCCUGCUGAGGCGUCGAAGCCGUCAAGUCCCAUACAACCAAUUUCCAUGGUUGCCCACGGAAGAUCUGUUGGUUCUGCAGAAGGCAUCGAAGGAAAACAUGUCAUAGAAGCGUAUGCAAUGCUCGAAACACGAAGCACUGGGGGUACCUUCGAAAGCCAUUUUAGAAUGCAAGUUCCGGAAAUGGAACGGUCAACGACAACGGAUGUCUGGGCAAGUGGCAGAAGCACCACGAGCUACCCCGUAAAGGAACCGCUAAUUUUUCCGGCAGAACAUUCAUCUCGGCAUUCUUCCGUGACUGAAUUGUCCGCACAGCCGCCUGCUGAAACUUCGUCGUCAUCCGCGAUGGACACACACGAAUGGAUUCCACCCAAGCCGACUCUAUCAGGGGAAACGAUCGAUAGGAUCUUAGGUUCUUACGCCGGGCCCGAUACCGAGAUGACUUUGCAAGAGACUCAAGACCGCUCUUCUGAAACUGGAGAAGAGGAACUGCGACCGAGUGCCGAGAUUACCGAAGCUCUUGCCAAAGCCAUUGAAGGGGCAGUAGAACUCGCGGCUGUCGUUGCCAGCGUCGAACCGGUUCUACUCGAAAGACGUGCAAGUAUUGAAGGUACCAGCAAACUGGAAUCCACGCAGGAGUUCAGUCUGUCUGAUUCGAAGGCGCUACGCGACGAAACGAAGGUGCCGCGUAGCCUCACCCUUCCUUCCCGCUCCCUUACUGGCACAGAACUACCUGUGCCGGGAGCAUGCCUCGAUUCCUACGAUACCAGUAGCCGCCCGGACAAAACUGAAGCAUCGGUACAAAGAGGGGAACGAGUCAUAGAAAAGAAGGGCGAUGUUUCCGACUCUCUUACUCUGCCGCAGAUAAAGCAGCCUGACGUAACAUCGCACACAAUAGAAAGUGAGGACGCUGUUAAAUACGAUUUUGAAACGUCGCUGGUUACACCACGACUUGCGCUGGAAGACGCCGCCGAACGUACUGCAAUACCAGUUAGCGAAGCCACAGAGAGUGACAUGUUCGCGCCUGUUUCCCAAAGCAUUUCGAGUGAAGCUGCGCCCCCAGCGAAAGCGAGAAAACAACCUGUCGACGUAGAGUCGCGGGGAUGGCUGGUCCUGCGCGAAUCCACAGAAAUCCUCGGCGUCGAAGGCGAUGAAUCCAGGCAAGUGACUCCUCGAAAGCCUGGAGACGUUGUGGACGUAACACUUGACAAACAUGCACAGCAACCUCCUACCGAAGAAGAGGCUCGUAUUGCGUGCACGGAGAUUGUUCCAUACCAGGAGAGGACAAUGGUGGAAGCUACGCAUGAUAAAGAAAUGCCCAGCGAAGUUACGCCCGUGGAAGGGCAUGAAAGAAUUAACGUGGAAGGGCUGUUUACCGAAACAUUGCAGAAAGAGGAUAUCAAGCCAGCGCUUGAAGAGCUUGAACCAUUGGAGCCUGCAGUAGAAACGUUAACCGAAGCGCAGCCAGAGCUGUUCGCAAGUACGAACAUAGUAGUACGCGAGAUUGAGGAAGAUGCGGGUGAAGGACUGCUAAAAGUACUGGCGUUAACAUUACCACCUCUGGAUACUGAAGCCGACGUUUUAAAGCGGGAAAAAUCCAGCAUAGCUGCAUCAGCUCCUGGUAGCGAACAGUUACCGCACGAAGGACUGCCCACAGAAAUGGCAGUUUCUCGGGCUAAAGCGGAAACUGCAGGCGGUCAACUUCCGGACGUAAUAUUGGCCGGGUUCGUGGAAGAACAUCCGGAAGCACCGGUAACGGAAGAGGUGGCGCCACUUGCGACGGAGGAACCGAUGAAGCAGGCACCAGAACACGCAGAGGUCUUGGAACUGGAGCCCCACGCACUGGCAGAGAUAACGGAGACUGUCCAGCAGAAGCCGCGUCCAGAAGCUACACCUCCGUCUGAAACAAUGGCAGAAGGUACCGCUCCUCUUAGUACGGAGGUUAAGCACGAAGAACCAGUGCAGAGGACGCCUGAGCAAGAAGGAAUCGGUGAAUUGGUCCCUUAUGAACCUGCAGCAGUGGCAGAAACCGCGGAGCUGACAGUACCGCCUGCGAUUUCGGUACAUCCCGUAUCAUCGAGAGAAGAGGAAGUACCUCCGGUACCCAAGACAGAGCUGAAGAAGGCAAUGAAGGAAUCGCCGGAGCGUGAAGUGCACGAAGAAAUAGGAUACACCAAAGCACCGUCACCUACAACAGUAACAGAAGAUGAACGUGCUCCUACGGUGGCGGUCAAGUUGGAAGAGUCAAUGAAAACGUUGCCGGAAGACAAAGAAAAAUUGGAACUUGCACCUAAUGAACUUGCAGUGGUUCCAGAAGCCGUCGAGCAGGAAACGCCGUCGGAAACUGAGCGCCCACUAGUAAUCGAAGAAGUAGCACCUGCCAAGGCUGCGAUGGUGCUUGAAGAACCAAUCGAUGGUUUACCAGAAUACAAAGAAGGCUCUGAUCUAGUACUAUAUGAACCUGCAGCGGUAACAGAAAGCAUCGAGGAAAAAAUACAAUCAGAAUCGCCGCUGCCGCCUAUAGCAGCAACAGAAAGGGUAACACACCCCAAACCUGAGGCCGAGAUGGAACAACCAAUGGAAGAAUUGCCAGAGCACGAGGAACCAACUGAACUGAAGCGUGCAGGAGCGUUAGAAAUCUCCGAGGAGAAAGAGCCAGCUAAGGUCGCCUCGCCAGAACUAACAACACUAACGCCGGAAAUGAAACCGGAAGAAGCAAGCAAAGAAUUACCAGAGGAUAAGGAACGUUUUGCAUUGGUUCCAUACAAAAUUGCAGAGGUAGCAGAAACAAUCGGAGAGAAAUCAAUACCCAUUCCAGAGGCAGCCCUAGAGGAGCCAACACGUGAAGCCACCGUUCAGUUGGAACAUGCAACAGUGACAGAAACUACCGAGGAGAAACCUGCGGCCGAAGUCACGUUACCACCAGUAACAGUGGCAAAGAUGGCAGAAGCCCCAACGCUGGAAAGGAAGCCGGAAGACUCAAGCAAGAAAUUGCCAGACCACCAAGAAAGCACUGAACUAGUACCGUAUGAGCUUGCAGAGGUAAGAGAAAUCACCGAACGGCAAGCGUCAUCAGAGCUUCCAAUACCGCCUAUAACAGUGACCGAAGAAGUUACUCCGUCCGCGCCGGAGGAACUGCAAAAGGAACAAACGAAACAGGUAUCAGCACACGAAGAAACCGUUCAGCUGGAACGCGCUGUCGUAGCGCAGACCACAGUCCAAAAGGCCCCAGUUGAUACACACUACAUUGAUAGUACGCUACCACCUGCAACAGUGACCGAAACAGUAGAACCUCUCAUAUCAGAAAUAAAACUGAAAGAACCAAGCAAAGAAUUGCCAGAGCACAAAGAAAGUUUUGAACUAGUACCCUAUGAACCCGCGGAGGUAGCAGAAACGAUAGAACAAAAGGUACUAUCCGAACAUCCAUUACUACCCAUAAAGGUGACAGAAGAAGUUGGUCCACUCACGUCGGACGUAGUGGAAGAGGAACCAACGAAGCAGAUACCAGCACAUGAAGAAACCGUUCAGCCAGAGCGCGCUGAAGCAACAGAGAGCACCACUCAAAGGGCCGCAGUUGAUAUUACACUACCGUCUGUAACAGUGACAGAAACAGUAGAACCUAUCAUAUCAGAAAUAGAACUGGAACAACCAACCAAGGAAUUGCCAGAGCACAAAGAAAGUUCAGAACUAGUACCAUAUGAACCCGCAGAGGUAGCAGAAACGAUCGUACUGCAGAGACCAUCAGAGCAUCCGGUGCUACCCCUAACAGUGACAGAAACAGUAGAACCUCUCAUAUCAGAAAUAAAACUGAAGCAACCAACCAAAGAAUUGCCAGAGCACAAAGAAAGUUCAGAACUAGUACCAUAUGAACCCGCAGAGGUAGCAGAAACGAUCGUACAGCAGAGACCAUCAGAGCAUCCGGUGCUUCCCGUAACAGUGACAGAAGAGGUUGGUCCACUCACGUCGGACGUAGUGGAAGAGGAACCAACGAAACAGAUACCAGCACAUGAAGAAACCGUUCAGCUAGAGCGCGCUGAAGUAACAGAGAGCACCACUCAAAGGGCCCCGGUUGAUAUUACACUACCGUCUGUACCAGUGACAGAAACAGCAGAACCUCCCAUAUCAGAAAUAAAACUGGAACAACCAACCAAGGAAUUGCCAGAGCACAAAGAAAGUUCAGAACUAGUACCCUAUGAACCCGCGGAAGUAGCAGAAACGAUAGAACAAAAGGUACUAUCCGAACAUCCAUUACUGCCCAUAAAGGUGACAGAAGAAGUUGCUCCACUCACGUCGGACGUAGUGGAAGAGGAACCAAUGAAACAGAUACCAGCACAUGAAGAAACCGUUGAGCUAGAGCGCGCUGAAGUAACAGAGAGCACCACUCAAAGGGUCCCGGUUGAUAUUACACUACCGUCUGUAACAGUGACAGAAACAGUAGAACCUCUCAUAUCAGAAAUAAAACUGGAACAACCAACCAAGGAAUUGCCAGAGCAUAAAGAAAGUUCAGAACUAGUACCAUAUGAACCCGCAGAGGUAGCAGAAACGAUCGUACAGCAGAGACCAUCAGAGCAUCCGGUGCUGCCCGUAACAGUGACAGAAGAAGUUGGUCCACUCACGUCGGGCGUAGUGGAAGAGGAACCAACGAAGCAGGUACCAGCACAUGAAGAAACCGUUCAGCCAGAGCGCGCUGAAGCAACAGAGAGCACCACUCAAAGGGCCCCAGUUGAUAUUACACUACCGUCUGUAACAGUGACAGAAACGGUAGAACCUCUCAUAUCAGAAAUAAAACUGGAACAACCAACCAAGGAAUUGCCAGAACACAAAGAAAGUUCAGAACUAGUACCAUAUGAACCCUCAGAGGUAGCAGAAACGAUCGUAAAGCAGAGACCAUCAGAGCAUCCGGUGCUGCCCGUAACAGUGACAGAAGAAGUUGGUCCACUCACGUCGGACGUAGUGGAAGGAGAACCAACGAAACAGAUACCAGCACAUGAAGAAACCGUUCAGCUAGAGCGCGCUGAAGUAACAGAGAGCACCACUCAAAGGGUCCCGGUUGAUAUUACACUACCGUCUGUAACAGUGACAGAAACAGUAGAACCUCUCAUAUCAGAAAUAAAACUGGAACAACCAACCAAGGAAUUGCCAGAGCACAAAGAAAGUUCAGAACUAGUACCAUAUGAACCCGCAGAGGUAGCAGAAACGAUCGUACAGCAGAGACCAUCAGAGCAUCCGGUGCUUCCCGUAACAGUGACAGACGUAGUUGCUCCACUCACGUCGGACGUAGUGCAAGAGGAACCAACGAAACAGAUACCAGCACAUGAAGAAACCGUUCAGCUAGAGCGCGCUGAAGUAACAGAGACCACUACGCAAAGGGCCCCGGUUGAUAUUACACUACCGUCUGUAACAGCGACAGAAACAGUAGAACCUCUCAUAUCAGAAAUUAAACGUGGAGAGCCAUCCAAGGAAUUGCCAGAGCAUAAAGAAAGUUCUGAACUAGUGCCAUAUGAACCCGCAGAGGUAGCAGAAACGAUAGAACAGCAGAUACCAUCAGAACAUCCGUUACUACCCACAAAAUUGACAGAAGUAGUAGCUUCACCCGCGCCUGAGGUAGUGCAAGAGGAACCAGUGAAGGAGGUGCCAACACUCGAAGAAACCGUUCAGCUGGAACGCGUUGAAGCGGAAACCGCGCAAAAGGCCCUGGGUGACAUUUCACUACCGCCUGUAACAGUGAUGGAAACAGUAGAACAUCUCAUAUCCGGCAUAAAACUGGAAGAACCAAGCAAAGAAGUGCCAGAACACAAAGAAAGUUCUGAACUAGUGCCAUAUGAACCCGCAGAGGUAGCAGAAACGAUAGAACAGCAGAUACCAUCAGAACAUCCGUUACUACCAACAAAAUUGACAGAAGAAGUAGCUUCACCCGCGCCUGAGGCAGUGCAAGAGGAACCAGCGAAGGAGGUGCCAACACUCGAAGAAACCGUUCAGCUGGAACGCGUUGAAGCGGAAACCGCGCAAAAGGCCCUGGGUGACAUUUCACUACCGCCUGUAACAGUGACGGAAACAGUAGAACAUCUCAUAUCCGGCAUAAAACUGGAAGAACCAAGCAAAGAAGUGCCAGAACACAAAGAAAGUUCCGAACUAGUACCAUAUGAACCCGCAGAGGUAGCAGAAAUGAUCGAACAGCGCGUACUAUCAGAACAUGCGUUAACACCCGUAACAGCGACAGAAACAGUCGGUGGAGAAACACUUGCUCAACCUAGGCCAGAGGUGGUGCAUGUAGAACCAGCCAAAAAGGUGCCAGCACGUGAAGAAACCACUGAGCAGGAACCUUCGGCAGAACUCGCAGUACCACAAGUAGCAGUGACAGAAGUAGUAGAACCUCCAUCGCCGAAAAUAAAGCCGGAAGAAGCAGAAAAGAAAUUGCCGGAGCAAAAAGAAAGCUUUGAACCAGUGCCAUACGAACUUACCGAGGCAACUGAGGUGAUUGAAGAGAAAACACCACCAGAAAUUGAGCAUCCACCUGUAAAAGCGACAGGAACGGUACCUACUAAAGCGAAGGCGAAGCUGGAAGAACCAACGGAGGCAUUCGCGAAAUAUGAGGAAAGCACUGCGUUAGUUCCAUAUGAAGUAGCAGAGGUCAUUGGAGUUCCUCCCAAACUUGCAGAAGAGGCAGAAGCUCUCAAGCGGAGUGUGUCACCAGAAACUACGCCUCCCCCUGUAAGGGUGACAGAGGAAGUAGCUCCGCUUGCAACGAAGUUGCAACCUGAAUCACCGGUCGAACUACCAGUGCGUCACGAAAGCACUGAACUUGUGCCAUAUGAAGCUGCAGAGGUUACCAUAUUUUCCGAAAAGGCGGCAUUCGAGCCGCCUCCGGAACACAAAGAAAGAUCAGAAAUAUAUUCUUCAAAAUUAGAAAAGCAACCUGAAGAAAGCACAGAACUAUAUUCCUUCGAACAGGAAGAGAGCAAGGAAUUGGAAAGCCGUGAGCCCGAGGACCGUACAGGCCAGGCUGCACGUGAACCGGAUUACACCACUCCGGGAAUACUUGCAAAACAAGCAGACGCUUUGCCGAAAGAAAUACAGCCAGAAGAGAGCACUGAAUUAUACUCUUUCGAGCGGGAAGAAAGCAAAGACUUGCUGAGUCUUGAACCUGACGCUCAGACAGAACAACCGGAUCUUGUAACUCAGACACCAAGAGAAAGCGUCGAAGUUAUGACUAGAAAGCAUGAUGCACCGGCCGAAGUAAGCUCGGAACUGUAUUCGUUUGAGCAAGAAGGAAGUAGAGAAUUAAUACCACGAGAACCAGACAAGCAUGCGGAGCAGUACGAAGCUUUUGAUGACGCCUCUAAGGAAAAAACAUUCGUAACGGCCGAACGCACGGAAAGUCUUCCACAGGAAAAGAAACAAGUUGCGCCGGAAAAACCAGGAAAGCAGAUUGAAGAGAGUACGGAGCUCUACUCAUUUGAGCCGGAAGAAAGCAAGGAACAACUGGGUAAGGCCGUAGAAGAGAAAUCCAUACCAGGAGAUAUUCCGCUACAAAAAGAGAAACUGGAUGAGAGCACAGAACAACUGUAUUCAUUUGAACCUGGUGAACUCACUGAAGCCAUAUCAUAUGAGUGGAAGAAAUCUGAAGAAAGCCUGCCCCCCAAAAGAGGAGAGCACCCUGAAGAGAGUACAGAGGCGCAGUCAUUUGAGCAUGAAGAGAGCAAAGAGCAGGUGCCAAGCGAAUUGGAGGAACGCGAAGACCAUAAGCUACAGGUAGCGGAAGAUAUGAAGUCCAUGCACAGGACGUUGUCGAAACCUACUUCCGAACUAAAGGCUGGGGGAAGGGAGAAAGAACCUAGCGAGUUGGAACUUAAGGUACCACCUCAUGAGCCCGCAGAGAUACAGACCCAGGUGACGAAGGAUGAGGAGGACGCACGUCGAAAGGCGAAAGGACGUCGGAAGAUUGCUACUCCGGGGCAAGACAAGGUCCCCUUACAAAGAACAGAAGAACGCCAGGGAAGCGAACAGCCUGAACACAUAGCACAUAAACCGGAAGACAGCACAAGAGUAACGCCUUUGCAGGCGACUGAUGUCAGAAAAGAAAGCACGGAGUUUGAGGUCUCAGAACGUGAAAAACGCCCAGAAGAAGGCAUCGAUGCAUCGUUUUUGGAACGCGAACAACUAACACCGCCGCCAGUACUUGUGCGACCUGAACGAGCUGAGCCCCACAUUGCUGAAGGAACUGGUCCUGGUAUCUCGGAAGGUACUCAGACAGAAGAAAAAGAGAAAGUGGAAGAACUUGCGAGACCAGUUCAUAAGCUUCCUGUCGGAACAGUAUCCCACAGCAAGAUCAGCGCGAUACAAAAAUACGAGCGCAAAAUGGUGUCGCCGGGUGCAAUGUCAGCCCAUGAGGCUUCAGCAAGGGUUCUCUUACGAGCAUUCACUCAGGAGGGUGCCUCGGAAGAAUUCGAAGUUCAAACAGACACAUCGGAGGGAAUGAAAACUGCGCCAUCUCAGAUCUCCGAAGAGCGCGUGACUCAAGGCGUAGGUAGCCAAAUUAUGAUUGAGGUUGCAGAAGUUUCUGUGCAGAAUCCAUCACUAGUUGAAGAUGGCACAGAACCGAUGAAGAAAAAGAGUUAUGCUUUUGGAAAACCAGAGGAGAAGCAACCUGAUGCAAAGCCUAGUGAACGGGAGAGUAGGAGAAAGUCAGAUUCCUUCUUGCCUUUUAAAGCUGGUGAAGUGCCGGUAUCAGCCUACAUGCAGAAAACAGCCAGCUUAACCACGGCUCACAGCAAAGCUGAAAGGUCCGACGUAGCAGGGUGUCGACCUCUCCACACGACGGCGAGCCAGAAAGGACAGUAUCUUUUGCAGAAGACGAGGAUAACCGCAUCGACUCCAACCCAUUCUGUCGAGUUAGUGGAGGAGAAUGUAACACGUGGAAGACUUGAAGGUGCUAUCAUAGAAGAAGCUGAUGAGACUGUCACUAAGGAGCCGAAAAGAGGUCGCAAACCAGUGCAGAAGAGCCAAGCAACGGCUCCUGUGGACGACGAAGAGGAAAGCAGUAUGAAAGAAUCCUCGGGUUCAAAUACUCCACCAGUGAAGAAUCGAGCCGUGAAGCGUAAGCGCACAAGAUCAGGACGUAGAGCUGGCGGCUCGAAGCUGCCUCCUUUGCUACGGACACGUAUUUUCGCAGAAGGCGUGUGCCACUCUGUUGAGGUGGUAACUGAGAAGUCUGUGGUAACAGCUAAAGACCUCGAAGCAUGGGUGGUGCUAGGAUCGCAAGACAAGUCUACGAACAAAGCUGCAGAGAAAGAGGAACCACGCACUGGCGGUGUCCGGCCAUCGACUCGUCUGGCGCCACAAGAUAUUCCCAGUAAAAGAGAUUCCUUGUUAGACAGUUUCAGUGAAGAUGAAGUGCCCAACUUGGAUAACGUUACGGAGUACGAAGUGUCCAAGAAAGUGGAACUGAUCAAAGGGAAGAUGCGAGAUGUAGGACUGCAGAGGAAAUUGCUAAACGAAGCACGUGAGAGAGAGUCAUGCGAAAAGCGUUUGAAAGCUAUUGACCAAAACUUCGCACGCAUUGACAAGUACGAGGACAGGUUACGUCAUGCCCUGGAAAUAUUAAGUCGCUCGGUGAUAGUUCCCGAAAAGUCGAUACAGGUGUUUCGUGUAAGCACCAGUGACAGCGUGGAUAAGCAGCAUCCCUCCGUAAUUGUAGGAGAGGCCCUCAAAAAGGAUAAGACAAAUUUACCGCAAGAAAUCAUGUUUUCCACUGUAUUCGCCGAUUAUCAGGACGAAAACAAGGCCUCCGAGGAGAGCAGCAAAGAUGGGGAUUUGAAAUCUGUCACAGCUCACGCAGAGUCCCGAUCAACACCGCUGUACAUGAAAAGGCGUGAGGUCACAAUCACUGAUGAUGGUUCGAACCGGAGCGCGAAAGAAGCCAGCACUAUUAUCGAAACCAGCUUCACGAGAUCAGCGACUACGCUUCACGAUCUGGAGAACGAGUCGUUCGUAGUUACGUCAGAUCUGGCGUCUCAAACGCAACCCACGAGAAAGGCUUCUGCGACGGGCAGCAAAAACGACAGAUCUGGAACGGAAGCGGAAACGUUUCGCGCUACGUUAGAUAAGCUUAGUUCGUCGGUGCAAUCUACAACUGGCGUCACCGCUACAGAUACGCAUUCUGAGCACCACGGAGAUCAGCAAACUCUGCCAACAGAGAAACCUCUAGCGUCGGAUGCACGAACUCCAAAUACCACGCUAGCGGGCGCACCGGGUCCAGAUGCAUCCGUCGCACAGAUCGCGUCAGGUACACCGAUUAAAGUUAUCAAAAAGAAAAUACUCCAGGAAACAGUGACUACAAGUACACUUGAGAGAAAAGAAAGCGUCAAGAAAAUGUUCGAUCAAAACACCGGCCUCGAAGAAAAUGACUCCCACUUGGAAAUAACGACCAAGGAGGAGAUACGUAACAAGCGGGAGGAAGAAACUAUCGAAUCUUACGAUUCUCAGGCAAACCUCCCCCAGUCUUCAACGUCAAUCGCGGAAGAGCCGGAUACUCAGAACGGGACCGACUCUCCCAAGCCCCUAAAGUCCGCCCUGAGUCGCGAACGCCUAAGCACAAGUAGCUUGGGGUCAGAGACCAAAGCCAGAACUCCCAAAAAGAAUCAGAUCGUGACCAUCAGAGUCACCGACGAGUACGCCUCGGACUCAGACGAGGGUUCAACUUCUAAUACGCCGGGCGAGGCGCAGGAAGUUGCCGCGGGAGACAACGAAGAACCGAGUAAAGCGACGAAAUUGGAAUUUCUAUCGACGAACGAGGUUCAUGAAGCUCCUAAACCCGAAUACUUUUGCGAAGAAGAAGAAGAAGAUGACGCGUACCAAACGGCCGCGAGCCUCAUGGCGCGGCUUGGCCGCAAAGAUUCGAUAGCAGUCACCAAAAUUCGGAAGCUCAAGCAACAGGAAGGACAACAGGAUGACGAUGAAGAGGAGAAUGACGGAGGUGGGGAAGAUGAUGCUGGACAUCAUCCAAAAUUUCAGAAACCGACAGUGAUAUCCGAUGAUUGUCCAGAGAAACCGACACCACAUGGUCUACCACCAUCGGCACACGAUUCUACGGAGCAGUUUAGAAGCGACGAAACUGUUGUAAAGGUAGAUCGACCAAAACUUUCUCUCGAAAUUAUACGUCCCGCCGAGUCCUUGGAAUUUGUGACCGUUCCUGUCAACCGCGUCCCUGUUGAUCCUGAAACCGUUGUCGACUUGAGGAAACCGGUAGAUCCGUCUACGAGUAAGUCCAUCAAGGAAAUUAAGAACGUGGAAAAUUCUGUAAUGAUGUCGGAGACGGAAGAAAUAUACUAUUACCCGAAUGAAAAAAUAACCAAGAAGCACAUAUCCGAGACAAAAGUCUUAACGGAAACAAGGUCUUACACCGAAAUUAUUGUGGAGAAGAACGCCAGUGACAUUCUGUCCCUGGACCGCAAGAUGCCUAUUAUACCCGAAGAGCCUUUGCGCAGCCUUAUGUCGGACAAGAUUCAGUCUGUUCAAUCGCUGUCCGACCAGAGCAAAACCCGAGAGGGCAAACUGUUCCAACGAAAGGCAGUAAGCAAGAGUGAUGUUCAAAACAAUGAAGGCUAUUUGGAGGUCAUAACUCCUACUACGAUCCAGCGCCAGAGAACGCCGUCGGGAGAGGGGCAGUUGAGCAGUGAACCUUUUGAAGCAUCCCAUUUCAUGGAACCCAUACCUGAAGUGAAGCCUGAAGCGGUCACAACUCUUGCCGCUGGUGCUGUGGCAAUUUUUCCACGGGCAGAAAAAGUGACGGCGUUGCCGCAAGACACAACGGGUGAGGUAGUAAGGGUGGAAGAUGGAAGAGAUAUUUUGUGGGAAACAGAAGCGAGCGCAGGUGGUGAGUUUGCCAAAUUGCUGGAGGAUACGACGGAAGUUAACGAAGAAUUAAUUAGUGCUGAGGGGUUGCUACUGGUUUCUGAAGCUGCAAACGAGGCAUCUAAUGUAUCAGAUAUCGAAAAUCCCCAGUCCCAAAUCGAAGUCCCAAUUGAAGUCGGUGUUCUGGAAUUUCCCGCUACGACUCAAGUGAACGAAGUGCACGUAAUAGAGGGUGCAUCGAGUGCUCCGAGCGAAAAGCAAGCGGAACAUGUCGACGUAGUACAGGUUUAUGAUAUCGUAGAACAUUCUUGCCAACAAAACGUCGAGGAUGCCAGAGAACGCUCCAAACUGGAAAUAGUCGAGGCGGAGUCAUACCACGUACCCGUUGUCGGCACUGCUGUCAACGCACCUGAGGCCACGUUUUCCGUUGAAAAUCUAUAUGAACCAGCUACUCCUACACGAGAACUGACAAGAACUAGUAGGUCCGGCGAAGUGGAUCAUGUUGAGAUGCCACCGUCUCAUUUGCCUGUUGAAUAUGAGCGUAAGAUAGCGGCGGAAUUCUCUCAAGGGCUGAUUGGAGCGCCUCAAGUUGCUGACAUAGUUGCGCGCGGACAAGACAUCGAGCAAACCGCACAACCCACAGGACCGGAAGUCGUUGAUAAGACAAUAGAUGAAGCUCCCGUAGCACCAACAACGUGGGUCGUUGAAAAACUAGACGAAUUAGCUGCGCCUACACAGGAACUGGUGGAGUCACCCAGAGUAGAAGAAAUGGAGCUCGUCGCAUCACCAUUCGAUGUUCUGCGUGAGGGUAAAGGAAGCGUGCAGGUAGAGGAACCAGUGGAAGCGGCUCAAGUUACUGAAAUUAUCGAAGGCACUUUUCACCAAGACAUCGAUGAAGCCCCAGAACCUUCGAGAGUGGAAAUUGUUGGCCGCAUAACGCAUCCUGUCGGCAUUUCCGUUGAAGUGCCUGAGGUUGCACCGCAGAGAUGUGUAGUUCAAACUGAACCAGCUAUGCCUACAGGAGAACUCGUGGAAUUCAGAGAACAAGAAAUUAUCGAACAUAAUGUACCAGUUGAAGCAGAAGGUAAAAGAUAUUCGCUUGAAAAGCUAGCAGAGCCGGUUUCCCAGCUUUUCGAACUUGAACGAGUGCGAGGUUAUGCCAGUGAACUAAAAAAGCUAUCGCUGAACAGACAUUCGCCUGUCCCAGCUGGGCCAGAUGAACAUGGCACUAAUCAUGCCGUCUGUGAAACGUCGGCCGAACGCCGCAUGGAGGACUACAAUGUAUCCGGAGAACAAGCACUCGUUGAAAGGCAGCCGUCUCAGGCUCUAGCAGCAGAAAGUCGAGGUGAAAGCCAACAUAUCUCAGAGUCUGCUUCAGAAACCUCGCCGGUGAGUGUCACUGCAGGAGCCGAGCUUUUCAACGAAGCGCCGAAACGGCAGCGGAACGCCCUGAAUGAACCUGUUUCGAAAGUUCCACUUCAACAGCCAGCGGUAGACGUUGCAGAGACUUCAGCUUCUGAGGUACCGAUUGAUAUAAUCCCAUCCCAACUGGAGAAACUGAAGUUGUUCAGUGAACGAGAAUCAUUCGAAAUGACGUCAUUUCCAUUACCUCUCCAGUUUAAUGCUGAGAAAACCGAAGGACCAGAGAGUGACGUCACACAGUCAGUCAAUGACGUAACGCUAUCACUGGAGAGGAAGAUACCCACUGGAGGAACGAAACGCAAUCAAUUUUAUGUCGCUGAUGAGAAUGAACAAGAAGGCGAUGUUUCCAAACUUUCUUUGUCGACGUCGGCAGAAUACCGUGUCACAAGCGAUGGAAUGUCGUCACAAGAAAAGACAGGAACAAUAGCGUCUGAGGAACUAAAAUCUGUGGAUGAAACGCUUUGCCGAACCCCUGAUGCUACUGAACGUAAAACAGCACAGGAAGCACGGAACGUAUCUAGAAACCUCAUGGACCUUAGUGUAAUUGCAACGUCGGAAGACUCGUUUCCCGGAAAAGAAGCAGCAGCCAAGGGAUCUACGAAGUUGAAGCACAUUGAGCAGACAAUGGCGCAAGUCCUCAAAGACGAAGCUCCGCAAAAAACAGACACGGAAACUGAACUGUCGGUGGAAUGCUUCAGAACAACCGAGACCACCGAGAUGCCAGAAAGUGUCGUACCUCGCGAGAAGCAAAUAUCCAAGUUGUCAGAAGGACCUGCAGAAAUUGGGACAGCUCCGCUAUAUGUCCUUACCGAAACCAAACGUUCGAGCAUACAGGACUCCGAGGAAGCGUUGCAACUCCUGCCGAGUCAUGCAGCAGAGGGAAAGACAGCCAAAGAACCCGCAGCACCCAGCCUGCAUGUAGCUGUCCAUGUAACCCUUCGAGGGUCUCGAAGAACACUAGCUAGCGUGGAAACUCCGCCAAUGACGGACAUAACGGAGUCUCCGGAAAGCACAGUCCCACGAGACAGUGAAUGCAAGGGAACAGAAGAAUCUGAAUCGGCUAAAAUGUACCCUCCCGGAUUACUUCCGAUCGAAGAUAAAAGACCACAGCAGUUCAGCGCCUUGGAAGUCCAGCCACACGAGGGAGUAGAACAUAGAACUGAACCUUCGGAAUUGACUCCCGUUCCACAAACGAAGGAGCUGACAGGAGCGCAGCAUGAAAUUGUUACAGCAGUUGAAGAUAUGUCGAGGUCUAUUUCUGUUGAACCUGGCACUGAGGCCAUUUCAUGCAUCCCCAUGGAUGUUUAUGUUGAAUCCGUUACAGUGUCUGCGGUCACCGAAGCGCCAGAGGGAAUACUGCCUAUGGAAGCCAAGGUACCCGACGAGCCUGAAAACCGUAAAACGUCUCCUAAGGCUCCGCCAAGUGCAAAAGAAGACGUCUUUGACAGCGCUUCAAGAGAAUUCGGUCGUAGCAGGGGAAAAAGAAAAUGGCCAGAUAAAGAUCAAAUGUUUAAAAUACCACCUGGAAUUCCGUAUGAACGGACUUCCACGACUCGGAUCGACUCAACAAUCACUGAGAUAAUAGAUUCCAUCGAAGAUAAUCAACGGCGACGGUAUCAAAGGACAAAACGUAGGCGCUAUGAAAAAUCAGAAAAUUCAGAAGACAUUCCCUUUAGGGGGGGAGGAGGUUCUAAGGCUUCCCAGACAUCGGUGCAAGUUCCGUUUGAGGAGGUGCCCGAGGAAAGGGAAGACAAUGCACCGAAAGCUGAUCAGGAGCCCUACCUGAAGGUUCCUCGUCCUCCAGUCUCCGUUGGAGAACAUCGAGAGCCCGACGAAACAAUAAAAGUUGCUAGAGUUCAGAUUACAAAGUCAAAGCAUGUGGAUACACUAAAAGGGGAGAAGAAACAUUCGCUGAAUAUUCAACAAUUUUUCCGCCCUGCUGAGGGAGCUCGUAAAGUUGACGCUGGCGAAAUUAGAGCUGCAGCACAGGAAGAAAUUCUGGAAGUCGACAUGAAGCACGAAGUUAAACCAAAAGCCGAGGUUCCUCUGGGAGCUGUUCGUAGUGACCUAGAAGCCUACAAAGGCGCUGAAGGCGCGAAAGAAGCAGAACCGUUGGUAAGUGAAGAGGGACAUGACGUUGUAUCAUCGCUGCAAAUGACAUAUGUCGCGGAGCCUCAGGUCGUAGAGAAAGAACUUCCGUCAGACCUAGUAUUGGUUGAUAAGACAUCUAAGACUGCCGAGGCAACCGAAGGCGCCCUGGUCGCCGUUACACAGGGGCUAACAGGUGUACCAGACACACUUACGGAUCACAAGACUCCUGUAGAGGUGUGCAGAAAACCUAUUGUCGAUGUCGAAGAAGUGAGGCAUGUCAAAAUACCAGAUUCGAAAGAGACACUUGUUGCCGUUGAAGAAAAACACAAGGAAAUCGAAACGCGUGAGCUUACUCCCGCGGUAGUCAGCGAGCUACCGGUUCCUGUGUCUGAAAAAGCUGUGUAUGAAGCCGAAGGCCAAGUUGACGUGACAAAACGCCGAGCGGUGCCUGACGCUUUACUAACACCGCUUGCCACCGGUGAGACAACUGGCCAAGUUCAGGAACUAGAAAAGGCUAGUCUAGUUGAGGCGGAAAGGCCACAGCAAAUACAGGUACAAAAAGCUGAUGAGACAGUGGUAGUAGAAGCCCCUGCUGAAGAAACAUUGCGAGAGGCCAGAAUGCCAACGGCACCCUCUACAGAAAUAACCGAGCUAAAGAUUGCGGAGGUGUCAGAGAUCGCCAAGGAACAAGAAGUCCAACCGCUAGUGCCUAUCGAAGCUACCCUCCCAGUGAUUGAAAUGCUGGAGACACCCGUUACAGAAGUGGAACCGAAGAUGGCGGAAGUGACAAAGAUCACCAGAGAACUUGACGUUCAACCGCUAGUCCCUGCUGAAACAGUGCCUCAAGUUGCUGAAGAUCACAGGGCAACGACUGAUGUCGAAGAAAUAAUUCCUGUAGUUGAAACCGCUGAGGAGGCUGAAAUUCAACCACUAGUCUCCGUUGGAGAAACACUACAAGCGAGAGACACGCUCGAGGCACGUUCAACAGAAAUCGAGGAAAAGAAAACAGCAGAAACGGCAAACGUCAUCGAGGAACUUGACAUCCAACAGUUAGUGACUACUGAAAAAGCCCUUCACGCGGGUGAAACUCACGCAACAACCAUGACAGUCACCAUGGAACCAACAGGGGGAGAAGUGAAAGAGAUCAAGAAGCCUGGCGUGCAACCACUCGUCCCUCUUGAAGCAUCCCUUGAUGUGACAGAAGCACCUGGAGCACUCACUGUAGAAGGCAAGGAACUAAAGCCGAAAGAAGACACAAAAGUCAUCCUGGGACCUGGUAUUCAACCUAUAGUCCCUGCUAAAGAACACCUUGAAGUGGCAGAAGCACCUAGAACGGCAGCUAUAGAAAUCAGGGAGCCACAGAUUGAAGAAGGUACAAAGACCGUCACGGAACAGGACGUUCAACAGAUUGUGCCUUUUGAAGAACGUGACGUAGCUGAGGCUCCUGGAGCAAUCACGGAACCAAAAUUGGCGGACACAUCGGUCGUCGUGGAACUCGACGUUAAAACGUUUAUCCGCGAGGGCGCCGAAACACCACAAACUCCCGUUUCUAAGCAAGCAACUGAAUUUCCUAUGUUAGGGAAAAGUGUCUUAGCUGAUAAUUUGCGGCAUGUACCAGUGCCCGCUGAAGGAAUUGGUCAUCUUGUGGAAGCAUCUAGUGAACCACUACCGCCGUCUCACGUACGUACCCAGGAGGCACUUGUAGGUGCGGAAACGGCAGCAACCCUCAUGGAAGAAGUGGAACAGCCAGUACCAGGAGGCGUCCCGCUGCUUGCUAAGAAGCACGAAUUUCCACCACUAGUUCCCGUUCCCGGUGGAGAAAUCCGUGAGGGAAUUAAAUCGCCCCAAACUCCAGUUGGAGACGAGUUGCAGCAAAUGCAGGCGGGUUUACGCGCUGUUCUUCCUUAUCCCGUUGUCGAUAAAUAUCCAGCCGAAGCACCGAAAAGUCAUGCUCCUGAGGUGAAGGAAAAGCAGCAGACACAAGUGUUAACUAUAGAUAAAGAAAUGUUGGAUGAAUUUCCACUGCCAACUGUCACACCUGCUGAGAAAAUCCCUAGAGGCAUGGAGACGCCGAAAACUCCUGUUGCCCAGAUAGAAUCAAGACCAGCCGCACCACUGAUGGUUAGGAAGAUACCCCAAAAAGGCACUGUACCACCUCCUGUCGUUCAAGAAAACCUACCUAUAAUUGAAGCACCUGUGUCGUCCACUCCUGAGAUCAAAGCGGCAAAGCAAGAUGAAAUAUCGAAGACACUUGAGAGACCCCAAGAGGCCGAAAAAGUAGAAAAGCCGCCAGCCAAGGUACCAGCGAUCGCAGCGCUGUUUGGCGAAGUCACAAGGGCAGCGAAAUCCCCGGUCAGUCAAACCAUAAAGACAAAACGGACUGACGAAGUAAAUAUUCUUAAGAAGGACUCAACUGCUCCUUCUGAGGUCCCUGCUCUGGAGACCAAACUUGCCGAGACAGAACCUAAAGUACCACCUGCAGAGAAAAUUGGUCUUACCGCCCCAAUCCUUCCACCGCCGCUCAAGGCACCGACAUUGCCGCUCAAAGCGACGUUUGUUACUGAAACUGGCGAAAAAACGAAAGCAACCGUCGGGAUGUGGAAACAGAUGCAUUCGGCAUUCUCGCCGUCGACGUCGAAGGCCACCACUCCAGGAGCGUACACGCCUGAACUGAUACAGAAAGAAAAAGUUCAAACAUUCGACGAACACGAGAAGAUAAAUUACGUGUUUGAGGCCGUUAGGGGACCUGAACCACUGCAAAGCGAACAAACUUUGGAUCGUAGCGUCUCCAGAGAAAGUGUGAAACUUAUCCCUCCUCCGCUCCCAACAAGUGAAAUACUAGCACACCUACAAGUCUCGCCAUGGGCGACUAAGCUGUCGCCCUUAGGAAGUUUGAAGAGGAAGCCUAGUUUCGUGUCGGAACUUUCGAGUGAAUCGCCUCGACGAGCAAGCAUAGCCUCUCAAUUCAAUAUAGAGGCGUCACAGUCAGAGUGUACAGAAGGAACCGAGGUUACCUUUCGUCGCAUGCCAUCCAUCAAGGAAGACACAACAAUGGAAACAAUGAAAAUGAUGACGUUGCAAGAGAUCAACGAAGCUAUGGCGAAACAGGACCGUUCGCAGAGCAGUCGUGUGAUACCCGUAUCGCUCCCGCUUUUCGAAGAAACCCCUUCAACUUCAACGGAGGUACGACAUGAAAGGACAAGCAUGACCUCCGGUAAUGUUGCGCAAGAGCCAUUCGACACGGGCAAGUGGGUAGAAAAGGAGGAUCUCUCAAGAAGGGCAGCACUGAGACAGAAGCUCGACUUGGGACGUUCAGAACCAACCUCAUCCGUGUCAUUCGAUCGGCAUGACACGUCGUCAGCGUUUAAAGAUUUUGGAAGCAUCCCCACUUCAGACCUUUUUACGAACAUGGAGAGUCUUCACGCAUUAGCGAGUUCUUUAAGAGAACACAAACAAUUAUCGGAAAUGAUUCCGCCAGCAAAGGCACCUCCUGUCGAUGCCAUCUCUGUUCCAGAGAAGCACUCUACAACAGGUCCACUAUCUUAUUCGGCGUGCGCCACAGUUCCCGAGCAACUGGACGGUAGUGUAGCAGAGGCUCGGAGAAUCGCGGCCGAGCAAUUUCUGCUUGAAACUGUUCGUCAGCACCAAGCUCACGAGAUUCUGUCGCACUUUCAGGACAAAGCCAUUGUGCUUCAAGGUAGCAAGAGCUCAGCACCGUCGGAAACGGAUGCUGGGACUGCUGCCGAUGAAAAGACGCAGGGGGUCACAGAAGUAAAGGAUGAGGACGGCACAGUUAAUGUGCGUAACAUCAUACGACAGAUGAAUGAACAACCACGUCUUAGGAUUGUCACGCCCUUGACAAAACCGCUUGCGGAAGUGACGAAAGAGGAAAGACAAGCAGCUACGAAGGCGCAAGAAGACAUUGAUAAGUUGCUUCCACGACCACCAUCAGAAUGGCUAAGGCCUGUCGAAACACCAGAGGUCGUGAUAGCAGGCUCCACAGACUCGACACCGAAGUCGCUAGAAACACCUUCUUCCAACAUACCUCUUCCUCCGCCAGAACCCACAUUUGGGACUAUUCCCGCGUCGAAGUUUACAGCUAUUCUGCCAUUUGCUGAAAUUGAGCUAAGAAGUGAUAGUGAAUUUACGGAUGGAUCCACACGCGUACUUCCAUCAGACUUGGGGAUGAAGCCUGUCAAGCCACCGCCGUCAGAAGCCAUGGGAAAAAGAUUCGGAGCUCCUCAAGGUUUGGAGUUUCAAUGGAAAUUAGUGUCCGAAGAAGUGAAGAAGAAUGUCAGCGAUCGUCUUCAUGCUCGGCGUAGGUCUUUGCUUUCAGAUUUUACUAAGGAGACGUCAGAUACAUCGGACGACAAAUUAGAGGAGUCCUCGACCGGUCCCCUCUUUAGUUUCCCCGAACUGAAAAAGCGAGCCGGAAUUGACGAAAGCAAAGUGAAUCAGAGAGAUGCGAUUCCAUGGAGCACAAAGCCAUCGGAAAAUAAAAAGAAGAAAGUUCCUGAAGAAGCACAGAAAGAACUUGAAGAAACAGCUCAACUGGCAGCUGAGGAGUUGCCGCCACCAGUGCAGGAAUCGCAAAGCGUUCCGGAGGUCACAGCACCUCCCGUCGAAAGCGAAGCUAGACCUCGGACUAUGCCACGGUUAAAACCCGAUGGACGAGAGACGUCUCAGGAUAUCAUGGUUACGCAUGAGCAGCAGAGUAACGUACAGGCCACGAAGAUGAUGUUCCUUGAGAAGGAAAAACUGAAAGAACCACACGCUUCCGUGACGCAUAAGUUGGAAAGGUCUGAGCGUAGUGUCGUUACAAGCACUGAUGAUGUCACAUUAAUGAAGGAUGGGUGUGUGUCUGCAGCUUUUGGAAGCACAGUGGAUGCGAUUGCAGACUAUCAAAGCGUGGAAACUAUGCAGUCCGAAUCCGUCAUCGCAGACUACACAGAAAGGCCCGAGUUUGUGUCAAAGACUGAGGUAAAAUCAACCGAUAGCGUUCAACCGCUUACAACGUCGAAAGAUCAAAUCGGAGAAACCGUUAAAAGCACGGAGGCGACAGCGGUUUCAGGCCCGUCAGAAAUCUUGGCUGAGUCAGUGGGGAGUGCUACGAAAGCAGAAUCACAACCAGAACUGGGUACUUCGUCAAAAGGUGCCGUGGCUCCUCUAGAGACAGUUACGCGAUCCGAGUCUUUGCCGGUGUUACAGAGUACCCCUCAAUCAUUUUCUGAUGAAAAACCGGGAAGCAAAAAGGGAGCCGACCUGCAGAGAAUCCAGUCACACGUAUCAGAACCAUCCAAGUCAACGGGGAGCGUUUCCAAGGGACCUACAAGAGCCGAAUCAUUCCCGCAAACUGCAGAGGCGUCUCGUAAAGAAAUACGAGGGGAAGAACCGCUCCCUAAGGUUGAAGAAGAGACUCCACAGCCUGGUCCACGGGGGUCGGCCAGUUCGCGCAGUGGUAGUGCGGGCUCUGCAGGGUCCGAAGGGGGACUCCAACGAGGGAGCAGCGCACGACAGAGCAUUAAGGAUGAAUCUCUCACGCUAGAAGAGCUUGCACGAUACUUGAAAAUUGUGAAAGAAUUAAAGUACAAACGUGGUUCUUGCGCACCACCAUCGGGGCCACUUAUUCCAACAACAGCUCCUACUCCACAGCCUACAGCACAGCCUACUGUGAUGUCGACGAGCACCAAGAAGUCUGGCCUUGUCAUGGAGACUAAAAUAGAACUAUAUGGCAAAGGUCGCGUUACGUUCUCAUUCGAUGCUGCUGUCAACGAGGAGGGCCCCAUUAUUGAGGAGUCGCAAACCGAUAUCAUUGUCCGCCGGACAUCUUCUGUACUGCAGACGCCACGAAUGUCGGCCAUAGACGUGCGCGAUGGUCGUGUCCCACCGCCGACACCGGCACCUUCCACGGAUUCCGUGACGAAAAGAAAGUCUGUGGAUUUCGAUCGUAAGGAGGAGGAGGACAGCUUGAGUUAUCUUCCUCACGAGCCUGCGAGCCAUGUUGGCAAACGACGCGCUCCUGAAAAGGACACGCAAGCGGGCGAAGAUAAACAGCUAGCGGACAAGGGGACCGAUAAAGCCAAAGAAGCUUCGUCUGGAUCGUCGUCACAAGCUUCUGAAGUAGGCGCGUCGAAGGAGCAGACGUCUCAAAAUGGUGCGGAGCAGAGACCGGACCGUGACAAAUCUUUGACGUCUAAAGAAAAUACGGGACAGGACGGGAUUGCGACUUCAAAAGAUAGUGUGGAGCAGUCUAAAGACGUGGAUAAAGAUAAUGUGGGAAAAUCAGAUGGUCAGAUAAAACAGUCUUCGCUUGAAUCUGAUUCCGCAACUUCUCAGUCAGGUCAGUUGGUGGAACGGGCUCGAUGGCAAUCAUCCGAUCUUGGAACGUCGAAGGAAGCAUCAACUCAAGACGAGCAAAACAAAGUCAUGUAUAAUAUACAGUUAUCUACCUCAAAAGGUACCAUUGACUCGUUCUUGUGUGAGUCGAAGGUACUCGACACGCCAGGGAGGACGAUAACCAACGAAGCGUCUAGCCGCACGAGGGAAUCCGACCCCUCCGAGUCUUGUGAAAUUAUGAGAGCUGAGUUAAACGCUACAACAAUUGCACCCUCAUUCAUGUCCUCCGCAAAGAGCGUCAGGAGAACAGAGAGCCAAGUGUCUCAGUUCUCAGAGACAGCGUCAGCAUUUACCGUUCCACCGGAGGAAAUACCAGCGGUACCAGCAAGCAUGCUAAGACGGCAUUCGCCUGACCGUACCAGAGAUGCGUCUGUUCCUCCGUUAUUUACGCAGGGCAUCACAGAACGGCCGCUAUCCGUACUAUCUGGUAGAACAUUAUCCCCUGUAGCGUGGACAGAGGACUCUGGUUAUCGAACAUGCGAAUCAAGGCUCUGCGAACUAGCGGAAAGCAAUGAGGACGUUGCGCAACUGAAAUCUUCAGAACCGGCAAUUCAGACCACCGUCCCAAGUACUCAAUAUUCUCCGGUGGUUAUCGAAUCCGGCCGUGGAUCAGAAUUGUCAAAGGACAUCGUGCAAGGUGCACUACCAGAAAAAGCAGACACUUUGCUUCCCGACCAACUGCAGUCCGUUCCACAGCACAAUCUGCUGCCAUAUAGCUGCGACAACGAGCUGCCAUGUGGCCCGUUAGCUGCGCGUGAAACCUCCGAUGCUGAAAUUACUGCACGCAUGACCGAGGAGACUGAAACGUGCAAGGACGAUUUUCAUCCGAUGAAACCUAGUUGUACGGAGAGCACCAUGCGUGUCGAAGAAGAAUCUCGUGUAGCAGAAUCAUACGAGAUGGCCGAAUUUACCUCCCUUCUUCCAGAAGGCAGCACUGCGGAGAUUGGCACGGCGCCUCAAGAAGAACAAGGCAUCCCGAAAGCCACGGAAAAAUUGCGGUACCUUGAGGAGUCUACAUUGCAGGAGGAGAGCAGAAGAGCAGAUAGUAUCACGGACGCUGAUAAGAAUGCUUCGGUUAGUACGGCCCCAAGAACAGCCAGCUUUACCGACUAUGGGUCACGUCCACUGCCACUUCCAGAAGGAACUGCAGCUGCGCAUGGGGAACCUAACGUGUCAUCAGACAUAUCUACGAAGAUUCACGAUUCAUCGAAAGGGCGAACGGAAACGGUCUUCACUCCUGUUGGUCCAACGAGAACUGAUUUUGCAACGGAUCCUUCUGAAGUGAAACCAGCGGGAACACACGAAGCGCUAACUCCUGGAUGCGACCCAGAGAAAUUGAGCGAAGCAGUGGAACCGACAACGGAAGCCAUGUCCGUAGUGGAGAAGUGGCACGCAAAAACUAUUCCGGAAGAAAAGGAACGAGACGUUCCGACUGACAAAGGUAAUGUCUUGAUGCUGGAAAGAGUGCCCGAAACUGCGACAGCAUCCACUGAGACACCGCUCGCAAUAGCCACUCAUUCUACAGAACACGUUUCAGAACAGGUAACAUCGGAACAUAAGAGUACUACGGAAGCUGGUACUAGACAGGGUUUCAUAGAACUACUGGCCGUUCAAGCACCAGAAGAACCGUCACUGCCGUCGUCUUCACUGCUGAAGUUCCCAUCCUUGUGUGCUGAGCAGCAUCCUUCAUUGCUGCUCAGUACGUCGCCGAUGUUAACGGUAGCGUACGCUGAGCAGGUAAAUCUAGAACAUCCUGCACAAGCUACCAGCUCGUCACCAAAGCUGGAAGCGACAAAGGCGCUAAGCAGCGAACUAUUGGAUCGCUAUACAAUCGACACGGCUACGACACGUACUCAACAUUCACAGGGAUCGCAAGAACUGACGCUUAAAGUGAAUGUAAAGGCGAGUACAGAGUAUGAUAUCGCCUCCGAUCCAAAACGACCUGCGUCACAACAACAAGAAUCACGAUCACUCGAAGGUGUUGCUGCUGGAGUCGGGGUCCCGAAGACGGCACCAGAUCAGGUGAGAUCAUCACAAUAUGAAAUCCCAGAGUUAACAGACAAGGCACUUCACCAAGACAACGAAGCAAAGGCAUUGCAGCUUUCAGAAUCUGCUGAAAAAGUUUCUGAACAACAGCCUAGCAGAGAACCGGUAACACCGGAAGAUAUUGUCGCUAGCGAACCAGCUGCCAGAGAGCAAUUAUGUAUUCCACAAGUCGCUGCACCUGCAGUGAAAGAACGUCUACCAAGUACAGAAGACACUCAACAAGCAAGUAGUGUGCCGGGUGUGAUGAACCAGGUACCGCGUGCUGGAACAUCACCAUCUGCUGAGAUUAGUCCAGAGGCCAUCCAGCUGCAGACGCCUCCAGAGAUCUUAGUCCCGAGAGAUGACGCCGGCAAAGAGAACGAGGUAGAUAAGACUGUAGAGCUAACAGAAGCCGAGCGCUUCGUUGAGUUGAGGACGAGCGAAGAACGCACUCCUGUGCCGGACAGGUCACUUCUAAGUGACGUAGCUGCAGUUAACGACGCCAUUCAGAGCGCGUUAGCACCGUUAGCUACGGAACAAUGCGAUGCACCUGCAAAGGCAAACAUGCUUUAUAUCAUACCAAAUGAGCUACCAGUACUGAGCGUACUUGAAGAGCCACCUCGAGCGGGCACUAAAGCUUCGAGAGAAUCACUCACUGAGUCGCCAGUACACGUGACAGAGAGAACUGUACUGACUGACGCAAAGGAAGAAAACGAUGCGCGUGAGCUCACUGAAUUACAUUUAUUGCCAAAAACACCGCAAGCUGUGACAUCUUUCAUAGAGGCAGAUACAGCUACCCCUCAGGUGAAUGAAGAACCAUCGUAUCCAACAGUAAUGCCAGAGCCGACGGAGAGUGGUCCUCUGGACGUGACGGCUGCUGGCAGGACAAGCCUAUUGGACGAACACCAAAGACUCCCAGAGACAGUCGCAACACCGGAGCUCACAGAGGUUCCUGCAGAAGCUAUAGCGAGCAACAUGCCAGAGCUCAUAGAAAAAAUUCCAUUGCAGCUAGAAAAAACUCUAAUCGACGAGCAGCAACAAUUACCACCAUCAGAUGUCACGUUGGAGACCCAAGGAAUUUCUUUGAAGAAAGUAUCUCCUCUUACCUCGAAUCUCGUGGGCGAACAUAAUCAGCGCCCAGUGAAGACUCUUCUUCUAUCAGAGGUUAGCUACGGCGGAGACAGUGAUGAUACACCUGCCCUUCCCGAAGUGGUAAUGCAGGAACAGAAGAGGGUGGAGGAACUACUUCGUAUCGAGAUGGAAUUCUCAAAAGAACGUCACACCAAUACAAUUAACGUUGAAGACACGUUGCACAUGAACGAAGAGAUAUAUGAAGAUCAGAAACCGCUGUCAUCGGAGACAGCAGUCGUUCUCGAGGUGAAAGAUGUACAACGUGAUGUUAUCCAACCUCAAGAGCAAGAAAUUUUACAAGCCGAGGACUUGUACAGAGGUCUGAUGACGGACUGGGAAACAGAACUUUGCGAACUACGUGAUAGCCGUGUACAAGGUGCUGGUCGCUCGCACGAAGUAAUUCAUUUUUAUCCGCAAGAAAUGCUCGGAAUUCAAUACGAGCACUUCGAAUCUCCAGUUCUCUCCAUGUACUCUUCGGAGUCUAUACCCCAACAGGAAGGAACUUCGCUAAGUGAGCCUGAGUGUCAAGAACCCAAGGACAUAGCUGAAACAAGCCUUGUACCCUCAACGUCAUUCGAGUCCGUCACUUCACGAGUGGUCGUCGUCUUCGACCGUGAUGCGACAUACGAGGUCGCACCAUCAAAGACCGACUCAGAUGCAGGACAUACCCUUCAAAAUGAUAACCCUUCAGGGGAGUCACCACUGCCGCUACCAACCGAGCAGUUAACAAAGUAUUUGAUUGAAUCGACAACUGUACCAAUAGCAGAAGAUAAGAUGCAUGACGCAUAUUCUACUUCGAGAUCAAAGCUUUAUGACAGAAGCACCACUGAAAAAUCUGAGACAGGACUAACGAAAAUGGGAUCUGUUCCACCGGAAACACUCAGUUUUUCGAUCUACGAACCAGACGAAAUUGCGAAACUUGAAGCUCAGCUGCACGAGCUUCCACAGGACGAAGUACCCGAAGACGCCAGUGAAUCGCAUUGUGCCACAAGGGAGAGGACGGCACAGCAAUCUAUACAAUCCGAUGAAAUCUUCAAGGCCUCCCGAAAAAGGACUGACCAUCUACCGACAGCAGGACUGGAGGAUAAGGUGUCUGAAUAUGACGUGGAUUCAAGCGAUAUCAAAGGGCCUGUAUCCCUGACAGACUCUCAGGCAGAAAUCGCUGGUUUAUCAUUGCCAGGAACAGAAGUCGAAGGAACUGCUGUGGUUGUGAGAGUCUGUGAAACAGUCCAGAGACUGCAAGUUCCAGAAGCGAAGGUUGCAACUAGUGUCCUAGAAAAUACAGGCAUCUCGGAAGCGGUGGGAAAGGAUUCCGCAACACGAUCGAGCUCAAGGACCGGCAUGCAGGAACCUGAUACGUUGUAUCGGGCGCUUGAUACGAAGAGGCUUGACUUUGAAAAGACAGAGAGGUUUAGUGACGAAAUGGCACAGCAGGUCCCCAUAGCACAAAGCACAAGAUCAAGGACUUCGCUUCAAAUUGAAAAAUCCUUACACGAAUCUGUGUCAGGAGAGGAACAAGCAGCUGAAGAUAACAGGUCACUCGGCGAGGGACCGGUUGUUGUCAAUAUCGAACGUGCUUCCGAGCUCCCAGAGCAGCAACGAGACUUCGCCGACAAAAAGCUUGUCGCAACUGACAAGCUAGACUUGACGCUGGGUGUGGCACUGCAUGAAAAUGAUGCGAAGGCUAUGGUUCCGGACAACGCAAACAGCGAGCAACUUCCUGCUAGAGUAACUUCUGUUGAGACCCGACUUGUAUCAAACGUUGUAGGAAACAAAGAAGGGGAAGGCCGUGUAAGUUGUACCGAUGUUACGAUUCACAAAGGAGAGAAACAACCCGCCGUAGAAAAGUCCUUCGAAGUAGAGCAACAGCACGAUCCUGUGAAGCACGUAAAAAGUAAAAACAUUCUCCUCCCGGGAGAUAGAGAACAGAAAAACAGGCGACAGGCUUCUAGAGCUGCAGGAGCGUUACCAGAACGCCAGUCCCCUACGGAGAAACGGCAAACGUCCGAAAGCUUGAAAGGAGUUAUGGACAAGGCCACUCCCGUUGAAAGUGAGCUCAAGCUAAAGGGACAGUUCGAGAAGCACACACCAAAGGUAGAGACGAGGAAGUCAUCGGCAAGAGUGACGUUCAAGCGAGAGACGUCGCGGGUGGAGGUCAUCCUCGCCAGCAUGGAAUUGGCUGAUGCCGGAAUGAACGCGUACCAGAGGCAACAGGACACCUCAGCGUCCCGCAAUGCCAUUACAUCUGUCGUAGACCGAACAUUCGGGGCUAUAGGCGAGGCAUCGACAAAAUUUUCAAAAUCGUUGCGUGGGCGUAGAGACUCGGUGGACAGCGGUACCACGUCGGAGGCUAGCUGUUCUCAAACGCGGCCGUGCACCCGAACUGCGGAUACACAAACGGAGUUCACCUCACCGCCUUCUGUGAUGUCGACCGACUUUUUCUUGCGGACAAAGGACAUCCCAGAAAUGUCCAUUCCUUACCCUUUCCUGCCGGAGAGCAGAGAAGAACAACGCGCGGAUGAUUAUCUGCCGCUUUACUUGCAUCGAGUGACGCUCAAUGAUAAGCCAUCCAUUGUGGACAUGAUUCGCCGCCUGACACCGUGCAAAGAAGAAUGGGAAGAGGCUGUGCCGAUGAACUGGAAGCUGAACCCCGCUAAACGGCUGGGGAAGUGGACUUCGCCCUGUGUCCAAGAUGACAGAUCUCCAACACUGCUCUUGUUCGGUGGCAUCAACCUUAAUGCCCUCGGCGAAGUCUUGACUGGUUGUCUCGUUCUCCGCUACAGUAUCGAAGCAAACGAAUGGAGACGGUGCACCAUGAUGCCUUUACCCCGCUAUGGUCAUCGAUGCGUUUAUUUGGAUGGUGAAGUUCAUAUCAUUGGCGGGUUCGACAACCGAGAUGCCACGUACGGAUUACGAAUGUCUACGAGCUUCUGCUUUCGCUACAACGUUCGAACGGGCGAGUGGAGUGUCACGGCACCAUUGAAGCACGCCAGGGGCUAUCACGGCGUCGCUGUGCUCAACAAGCACAUCUACACCGUCGGCGGUGUUGACGCCAACGACACGUUACUGUCCAGCGUGGAGAGGUAUGACCAGGACGAGGAUACGUGGAUUGAGCUGGACAAGGGCCUGUACUGUGGCCGCAUGGGUAUGGGAGUUACCGCCUUCCAGAAUAACCUGUGGGUCGUCGGAGGAAUCGUUCAGAUAAACGGACAUCAGACCUGCUCUACUGCCUACGUCGAAAUUUACAAUCCAACUACGAACCAGUGGACAUACGCAGCCAGCUACCUCCCAUCACCCCGAACUUGCGUUUCCUUGUUGAACAUGGAGAACAAGGAGCUGUACUGUUUCGGCGGCAUCUUCUACAAUUGCGUGGGGGCCACACGAAAGCUACUUACCAUAGACGACAUCAUCGUCUACACGGACGCCCAGAAAUGCUGGAGGCAGGUGGCCACCAUGCCCGCACCGCGUCACAAUGCGCACGUUCUGAAAUACAAAAACCAGUCAAUCGUAGUCGGUGGCCAGGAUGUGGACAGGGCUGACGAGCCAGUGACCAGCAUCCUUGCCAUGGAAGCCUCGAGUCCCCAGUGCGACUGGAAGUUCCUGAAAGACGUGCCUUUGCCCAUAUCGGCCUACGGAGCUGUCAUCAUCCCUCCCACAGAGGAAUACCCCGCUAUGUCUUCGUAACUUCCAAACGCCAAAGCCUACGAAGCAACUGCGUCGUCCAAGCUGGCCGUUAUCAGAUCAAUAAAUUAUGUGCCCGGGUGGUAA